CACCCCAUACUGGUUAAUACGGUCCAGAACACAGCAUUCAAGGGAGGACCUAUCACAAGAUUUGCAAAACUAAAACUACAGGUUCUAGACAAAAAAGGGGGAGUACACACCAGAUCGGCAAAAUUCUAUAUAGCUGAAAUCAGGAAAGAAGAUGUCAUCUUAGGAACCAACUGGUUGUUAGAGCACAACCUGGAAGUCGACUGGCAUGCCUAUGGAUUAUAUUUUACUAGGUGCCUACCAUCCUGCAACAUCACAGGAGGACUAAUCAAAGCCAAGAGGGCUUUCAGGAAACCAGGAUGUCAAGAACCAGAGAUGCGGCGCAUGAUUCAUUGUACUGAGACCUCUGCCGCCAAUACACCGGCACAUAAAGUAGAACCUACCAAAGCAGCAAUAGGCAAACAGACCAAGCACACCAAUUUGCAAAAAUUGGCAGAAGAAGCUUCAAAAGGGAAACCUGAAUUACCCUUCGAAGAAAUCAUUCCCAGACCUAACCAGCUUAACAACUGGAAGUACAGGAAAGUUUUCAAAGGACAGAAACCAGGGAAAUUACCACCCAAACAACCAUGGGAUCACAAAAUAGAAUUAAAGGACAAUAUGGAACACUCACUCAGGCCAAAACUUUACAGCCUUAGCCCGAUGGAGCAAGAAGAGCUCAAGAAAUUUAUUGACGAGAGUCUCAAGAAGGGAUUCAUUUGA